AUGUCGUUUGGGUAUGGUGUCGGCGACGUUAUCGCCGUGCUAGGCCUCUUCGAGCGCAUUGCCAUCGAGCUGCGAAAUUAUAAGGACGCUCCGAUGCAUUUCCAACAGCUUCGUGCCGAACUAGAUCUAAUGCGGGGUACCUUGAAACGUGUCUUGUCCCUGGAGCCAGAGUCUGAUGCGGAACGCGAAACUUUAGAGCAGAUCAGAGCCAUUGUCAUUUACUGUGCUCGACCGUUACAAUCCAUGAGUGACAAAAUGAGAAGCAAAGAAAGCAGUCUAGGCCAUUUCAAAACCACGAGGAGCCCGAGGAGCGGCGGUACAAGACUUCACUGGUCUAUGAUCGGUCUGGACGAUGUCCAGGAACUAAGGAAGACUGUCAUGUCUCAGAUGGCUGCUAUCAAUGUCCUGCUCAGUGUGCAGCAACAUCUUGCGAGGUGUUCCAGCGAAAUGCUAGAGGCAAUUAGCAAAAUCACGCGUAUGCUGCUAGAUAUUCGUGUGCAGCUAAAACACAUCAUAAGCGCCAUCGAAGCUAUACCACUUCAUCUUACACUUGACAUCGUUCGGCUAGACGAUGUACACGGGGAGAGUUGGGCGCUGCCACUGCAGGCUUAUAGAACUUGGGAAUCGUUCAGGGACAUUCUCCAGUUCGUUGUGUAUCCCAGCGAAAGACCUGGAGCAAAAUACAUUACAAAUAACCUCUUUACGGUGGCACAAGCAAAGACUAGCAAAGAGGUGAAUCAAGAAACAUGGGAAACCUUGAUUAAACCAGGCUUUCAUCUUGAGCAGGCAGUUGUUCUGAAAAUGAAUUACUGGCUCGAGAGAUGCCUGGAUCCAAAUUGUAAUGGAACACUUGUGGAUCAAGUCCUAGAGUUUGGAAGUGGACAGGUUUGUAAUGUCUAUUCCCGAAGUGCCAAGACAGAGUUUGUGAAAACUCGCGUUGUCGACUUAUACAACGAGGCCCCUUACUCGCACGACCCAGUUGAGCGAUUCGCAAAUCUUACCGGCACCAAGAGGAAUUUUGGUACCGAGCUGCCACCAAUAGACAUGGAUGAAAAGAUAGAGACGUUUCGCAGGGUCAAGUUUCUACACCCAAUGCACCCAUUAUCAAAUGAGAAGGGCGGCUAUGACCCAAAGCUAAACCCUGCAGUCGCACACGCAUUUUCAGGCCUUGCAACCCCUUCUCCUGUAGAGGGAAUACAUUACGAGAACCCAGUCGAAGAUGCCAGGGAUCAUCUCGAGACCUCCGUCAAGCUAGACAGUUCAAUCCCCGAGAAUUGGUAUCUGUUGAGUCGAGCGUGUAUGGUGGCAAAAGACUACGAAAGGGCUUACCAAUGUCUACAAACCGCGAUAUCUCUCGAGAACUGCUGUCCCUCAUUCUGGAUCACACUAGGCAUUCUAUACUUCAAUAUCGGUCAAAGCCGCGAUUGCCUCGAUGCCCUGACUAACGCUGUAGAGCUGAAUACCCAUAUCUGGGAGCCUUGGUACAAUCUGGGCGUUUUGUACGACAGCUGA